GCUGUAGGAAGUAUGCUGCAUAACAGUGAUAUUGGGCUUUGGAGCCUGUCUUGGCAGUUGGCAGUUGGCAUAUCGCUUUCGAUGCCCUUGAUUUUACCCGCUUUCUUCGUCUCUAGCCUUCUUCACUGCCCUUUUUCUCUGCUUUCACACUGGCGCUCUGUUUUCGCUUCUUAUGGCAACUCCCAACUACGAGUAGGAUACGUUUGAAGAGAGGUUUUUAUUGACAAAAUAUUUUCUUUAAAACCCAGUGGGUACAAUGUUAUAUAAAAUUGCCCGGGGCAGAUCCGAC